CUUAGAGUUCGCAUUGCAUAUCAUCGUACUUACCCGAGACCUUGCCGAUCACGUGAUUUCGGAUACGAAGUCGUUACGGUCGCUGAGUCAUCUGAGGUAACCUCAACAGACUCGACACAUAAAAUGUCAGACCAGACAGAGAUCUCAUCUCCACCUUUUGACAGCGUCUCACAAGUGCGCUUCUCCCCAACCAACCCAGACCAUCUCCUCGUCUCGGCUUGGGAUACAACUGUUAGAUUCUACGAUGUCGCUACCAACGAACAAAAAGCAAAGAUUGACCAUCGUGCAGCCGUCCUUGCAUGUUGUUUUGGCGACGCUACUCACACAUACAGCGGAGGACUUGACAAUGGAAUACGGGAACUUGAUCUUUCUACAGAGAAAGUUACUUAUCUCGGACAGCACGGGAACGCAGUAUCUGCUGUGAACUAUGCUCGUGACCAAAAUGCGUUGAUCUCCGGCUCAUGGGACCUCUCACUCAAACUUUGGGAUCCCCGCGCAUCUACCGCAGACGUCUCGACGCACGUUCUUCCCGAACGAGUCUACCACAUGGAUCUUGUUAAUAAUACACUUGUUGUUGCCAUGGCCAGUCGCUUGUUCCAUAUCUAUGACAUUAGGAAGAUGUCAGAGCCUGCCCAGACCAGAGAGAGCAGCUUGAAGUUCAUGACACGAAGCCUUGCCUGCAUGACUGAUGGGAAAGGCUAUGCAAUUGGCUCGGUAGAGGGCCGAAUUGGAGUGGAGUACUUUGAUCCCAGUCCUGAAGUUCAGGAUCAAAAAUACGCAUUCAAGUGCCAUCGACAAACAAUCGAAGAUGUUGAUCAUGUAUGGCCAGUUAACUCGCUCGCUUUCCAUCCUGUCCAUAACACGUUCGCUUCUGCAGGAUCUGAUGGCACGGUCUCAAUCUGGGACCACAAGCUCAAAAAGCGCCUUCGUCAGUAUCCUAAGUAUUCCGGGUCUAUUGCUUCUGUUGCAUUCAGCUGUGACGGCUCUCGUCUGGCGGUUGGGGUAAGUUACACGUGGGAUGAUGGGGAAGAAGGCGCCAAGGCUGCCGAGAGACCUGCGAUCUGGAUAAGGAAGCCCGGCGAUGAAGUCAAGCCCCGACAAUUGUAGAACCACACUAGCAAGUGCUUGUCAGAUAAUUACUACCCAAACUUUCAACAUUACGGGUUGGAGAAAAUACAGUACAGUUGCACAAUUUUGGACGAUUAGGCUGCAGUUCACAGUACUUCCCUCUGUGGAACCCAGGUUGGACUUGUGAGUCUGAUAUUGAUGUAUGUUGCAUGAAAUCUAUUUCAUUGAUUU